AUGAACUUCUUUAAGAGAAAAUUCUCUUUUCAUGAGGAUGAGGGCUUUGAGGCUCGUCUAGAAGACCCAUCUCCAUCACAGCCACCGUCAGCUUUUUCCUUUCAAGCUAUUGCUGAUAAAGUCUCCAGUACUAUCAGUGCCCCAACAUCACCAGCUCGUACCCAAGAAUCAUUGGCGGCAGCUGUGGAGAGAUCGCUGAUGGGAGACACGAGAGCAAAUCUGGCAAGAAUUCCACCAGAUGCUCUUGUCAUUCUUGUUAUCGAUGGACAUCUUGUUGAUUGGAGCAAGUACUUUCGCAAUCAAUCUGACUACAUUAUUCGUGUUGAACAGGCUGAUUUUCAAGACAUUGACAUUCAAUGCACCGAGCACACGGCACUUGUCGAAUUGCGGUCGAUUGGCUCGCAUACAAAAUCAUUUUGCCCUUGUGCUGUCUUUGUGGGCCCAUCCGCUUCAAAUCCCCUCUCCUCCUCAUCACAACGAAUCAUUCGCUCCCUCCUUGCCGCACGAAUUCCAUUUCUCAACUCGAAUCGAUCGAUUUUAGCUUUUAUGGAUAAAACGAAUUUGAAGAAAGAGCUUCGAAGAGCGACUUUGUCAGAUGGGACGAGGAUCCCACUUCUUCCCUCCACUCAUGAUCCACACUUCAGAAGUUUUCAUCCGUCAACCAGCUUCCCAGCUGUAAUUCUCGUGAACGGUGGGCGAAGUAGGAUUGGAAAGGUAAAAGUCGAAAACGCGGAGCAACUCGGCGACGUCGAGGAGAUGAUUCGAGCGAUGGGGAAUGAUGUUGAGGUCGAAGUCGAGCCAUUCGUCGACAUCAAAUACGAUCUACAUGUGCAGAAGAUUGGAAAGGAUUAUAAGUCAUUCAUUCGUCGUGGAAUCUCGAGGCACUGGAAGAGCAAUGUCGGAUCGUCAGUACUCGAGCAGACGAACACCUCGGAAAGACACAAAGAAUGGCUACGAACCAUUUGCACAAUUGUCGGCGAGAUGCACCUCUUAUCAAUCGACAUUUUGAUGUCUCGAGAAGGACGAGAAUUCGUGUACGGUGUGAACGAUGUUCUUUCGUAUUACGGGGAAUCACAAGAAGAAGACAGGAGAGCUGUAGCUGGACUGCUUGCGAAAUUGGCCACUCCACAUGGUCAACUUCCACGAAUGUUUUCGAGAGAGUUCACUCCCGGUGAUUUCACGCCAUCAUCUUCAACCGUUUCCUCGCCUCCUCCAAGAGCAAUUUCCCCACCAUCUUCACUCAGUCAAACCCCAACAAAACAGACGAAUGGUUUCUCGAGUAAUGUUAGACAACCUCCAUUCAACCCACCCGUUCAACCAUUCCGUGCCGGUCAUCCGAUAAAUGGCAGCCAUGUUCAGCCACUUAAAAUGCCGGUUCAAAUCCCUGUUCAAACAGCCGCUGCACUUGCACCAAUGCGAAAGAUGAGCUCCUCAAAUUCGGGACCUUUACAACCACCAGUCAAUAGGGGAAUUCCACCAGAACAAGGCUCGUUGAUGAGAAGUGAGAGGAGACGAGAAUCGGAAAAAAUUGGCAACAAUAAUAUGAGCUCAUCGAUCGAAAAGGAGAGUCAUUCGUUUGCCGAGGACACAAUGGGACAAUUGAAGAGAACUUUUGCCGGGAUUUUUGGGGAUGUCUCG